UCAGUUUGUUUUCAUUUAAAUAAACUUUAGAAGAAGAAGAGAAACCAUCUUUAAGCCGCUUGGUUUACUUCAUCUAACUUCUUAAUUUUGAUUCCUUUAUCAUCUCCUAAGAAUGGCUGAUGCAAUUGUAUCUACAGUCCUAGAGCAGUUGGUUUCUAUUGGUUACAACGAGGCGGAGCAAGAGAUACGACUCGUUGUGGGUGUUAAAGAUGAAGUCAAAAAGCUUACCCGCAAUUUCAAGACCAUUCAAGAUGUGCUUGAAGAUGCAGAGAAACGGUGGGUGAAGGAGGAGAACGUCAGGAACUGGUUAGAGGAACUAAAAGAUGUUUCUUAUGAUUUGGAUGACGUGUUGGAUGAGUGGAAUACUGCUCUGCUCAAAUCAAAAGUUGAAGGUGAAGAAAAAAAGGUUGAGAAUAGCUCCAUACUCAAGGUAUGCUCUUUUUUGCCCUCCUCUUGCUUUCGCAUUAAUCAAGCCAUUGUGCGCCACGACAUUGCCCACAAAAUCACAAAGCUGAAUGAGAGACUAGAUGUUAUCGCCAAUGAGAGACUCAGGUAUGGGUUUCAGUCUGGUGGAACGGAAACAAUAGAUCUUGAGCAACAAAAGACUACCUCUUUCAUCGAUGAAUUUCAGGUGUGCGGUAGAGAAGAAAGUAAAAAUAGAGUGGUGAGCAUGCUGUUGGGAGAAAGUAGUCAAGAAUCACCCUUCAAAGAAAGUAGUCAAGAAUCAGGCUUCCAAACGAUCUCCAUUGUUGGAAUGGGAGGAUUGGGAAAGACAACUCUGGCUCAAUUAGCCUUUAAUGAUAAGGAUGUAAAGAAACAUUUUGAAAAGAGGAUAUGGGUGUGUGUCUCAGACCCUUUUGAUGAGAUUAGGAUUGCUAAGGCAAUCCUUGAAUCCAUUAUUGAUAGCACCCCAAAUCUAGUUGAAUUAGAAAAUCUACUGCAAGCAAUACAACAAUCUAUUAAAAACAAGAAGUUCCUUCUUGUCAUGGAUGAUGUGUGGAAUGAAGAUUCCUCACAAUGGGAAUGCUUUCAAAAUUCUCUCAAGUGUGGUCUUCGAGGAAGUAAGAUUUUGGUGACCACAAGGAAUAAGAGUGUCGCAAAUAUCAUGGGAACCAGAAGCACCCACAUGUAUUUCUUGGAGAAAUUGUCAGAGGAAGAAUGUUGGUCUGUGUUAAGCAACAAAGCUUUCUUCGAUAGAACAGAUGAAGAAUGUGAGCAUUUAGAAGACAUUGGUAGGAAAAUAGCACGCAAGUGUGAUGGCUUGCCUCUUGCUGCAAAGUUCCUUGGAGGUCUUUUGCAAUUUAGGAGAACUAGAGAUCAAUGGCAGAGUGUAUUAGAUAACCAAAUAUGGGAGCUAAAAGAGGCUGAACAAAAGCUUUUUCCUCAUUUUCAGUUGAGUUAUUAUGAUUUACCUUCUGAAGUGAGGCAGUGUUUCUUAUAUUGUGCCGUCUUUCCAAAAGAUUACGAGAUAGAUAGAAAGAAGUUGAUUAGAUUAUGGAUGGCGCAAGGCUACCUUAAAGGCGAUGAUAUGGAAAUUAUUGGUCAGGUGUACUUUGAUAAUUUGGCUAUGCGCUCCUUUUUUCAAGACUUCAAAACAGAUAAAACUGGUUUUGUAUGCAAGAUGCAUGACGUAGUGUAUGAUUUUGCUCAAUAUUUGACGAAAAAUGAAUUUUUUUUAAUAAACGCUGCUGAUAAUGAAGUGUACGAUAAUGAAUUAUAUGAAAAAGUGCGUCAUUCAAUGAUACUUUGCAGGUCAAACUUAUCAUUUCCUGUCUCUAUUCACAAGUUAAAGAAGGUACGAAGCCUCUUGUUUAAGAAUCUUUGGGGAAACUCUGAGACUGAAGAACAGCUGCUUGAUUUAUUUGGUCAGUUGACAUGUCUUAGGUCAUUGGAUUUGAGCUGGCCUUAUUACUCUAUGAAUUCUAUCAGUAAGCUACCAAAAGAGGUAGGACAACUGAUACAUUUGAGGCUUCUCGACUUAUCUUGGAAUACAAGGUUAACAGAAUUACCUGAAUCUAUAUGUCAUUUAUACAAUCUUCAAAUUCUGAAUAUUCACGGGUGUUGUUAUCUUAAAGAACUUCCUCUUGGGAUGGGAAGACUAAUCAACUUGAGGCAUUUAUAUAACCUGCGAACUGAUCGGCUAAAAUUUGUUCCCAAAGGGUUGGGAAGAUUAACUUCUCUCUGUACAUUAAAAUACUUGGUGGUGGGAGGCCAUUGUAAUGAUGAUGAAGCUAUGACUUUAGGGGAUCUGCAACAACUAAACAACCUUCAGGGCACUCUGCACAUAAGUGGAUUAGGAAACGUAAAAGGUAUCCGGGAGGCUACAAAUGCUCAGCUUGUAAAUAAGAAACAUCUUCAUGAUUUGGUGCUUAGAUUUGAUGGAGAGAUAACAGACAUAGAGCGAAUCGAUCAUCUUCUUCUUCAAGCUCUGCAACCACCUUUGGACUUGGAAAUUUUAGAAAUACGUGGAUAUAAAGGGUUUACCAUGUGUCCAAAUUGGUUAAUGCACCUGGCAAGGCUAAGGGAGCUUAAACUUUACUCAUUUCCAAAUAUUGAGCAGUUGCCUCCACUUGGGAUCCUACCGGCUCUCCAAGUGCUCCGUAUUGGAAGCAUGCCUAAAGUGAAAAAAGUGGGCCUUGAGUUUUUAGGAAUAGGCACUCUUCCUUCUUCUUCUUCUGCUUCCUUCCCUCAACUCCAAGAUCUUACAUUUGAUUUCAUGGAAAACUGGGAAGAGUGGGAUUGUGAAAUCCCACCAGGAACUGUUCAUGACAAUAAUAGUAGUAUCACCUGCACAUUUAUGGUGAUGCCACGCCUCAGUUCUUUGCUCAUUCGGAACUGUUUCAAGUUGAAGAAACUAAAACAGCCGUACGAGGAUUUAAGAAAAGUCAGUCUUGAACACUUGAAGCAUGACCUCGAUGCAAGUGCAGCGGCUCUUAAAUCAGAGUGGCGACGUCGACGAUGGAUGUUCAAGUAGAAACUUCCCGAGGCGUGUUUCUCCUUCCCUCCACAGGCGCUAUCAAGUGACGUGUCUGCUGCUGAUACGGGACAGGCGUGUCUCUCCUUCCCUGUACAGGCGUUUCUCUUCUUCCCUCUACAGGCAGGCUCGAAGAACGUUCCUGCAGAUUCAGGAAUUAAAUUUUACUGUCUUCUUCUCAGAAAGCAUAGUCCUUGCUAUAAGUCCUACAGCAGUUGGUUUCCAUCGCUUACAGAGAGGCGGAGCAAGAGGUACGACUGGUUGUGGGUGUGAAGAGGAAGUCCAAAAGCUUACCAGCAAUUUCCAGGCCAUUCAAGAUGUGCUUGAAG